UCUUCUAGUCUUCUACGUGACUUCAGCUUUCAAUCGCCGAUCGCUUGAAACCGUAAAAUUCGCAUAUGUAUGUCCUUCGCUUGUUGCUGCAACCGAUUGCUUUGGGGAGUACAAAAAGACUGAGGCGCUGGUGAUUUCGACUCGGUUCUUUGCUAUUCUGAGUAUUCUCUGCUAUUCGCUUGUUCUAUUCUUUGCUGUCGCUUGUUCUACUCUGUGCUGGAGCUAUUCUGUAUUCUCUUCAUUGGUUCUAGAGGUGUUCCUGUUCGUUGCUUGUUCUAGUCUGCUGGUCGACUCAGGUUGAAUGGCUCAGUUUAGCGUACAACUUGACUUUCCGUCUGAGAAUUUUAAUGCCGCUACGAAAGAUAAGAUUAGGAAACAUAUAUAUAACUUGCAACAACACACGGCAAACAGGGUGUUCCAUAUUCAAAGGUUUACAACAAAGAACGAUGCAGAUAUGAUACGCAGUGUGGUGGAAACAAAACUUGGCGAGCUGGCACCGGAGAUUCUACCACCUGUAGAAGGGGUUGUAGAAGGGGCUAAUAUAACUUUUGGAAGUAUGAAUGUUGAAGCGAUCAACUAUUGGUAUCUUGUUAUUGUUGCACCGACAUCUUGUAAAAAACUGGAUGAUUUAGAACUCUUUGAGAAAUAUCAAGAUAUGCCUAUAUUCGUAAGCAGUGGAUACCAAGAUUGCAUAAUGGAUAUAAUUACUGCUGUUUCACUGUUGAUGAAGACACCAGUACGUUGCCGCCUAAAACGUGAAAAGAUUGUUAUGUACAGUGAAGAUGAUUUAUUUGCUGCGAAGUUCGUAGCAUUCGAUUUGCAAGAUGACGAGAAUUGUGAGGACAAAGAUGAUGUGUGCAGCAAUUUGAAGAAUCUUUUCAAUGAUAUUAAUGUCAACUCCGACAUUUCUGGUUCUCUGAGUCGGGAGUUUGCCGCAUUUUUUGAUUUUCUAGAAGGAAAGAGCUUUAAUAUGGAGAAUCUUGGGAAUGUAAGGAAUAACGUUAUAUUCUGGUCAAAAGAAAAACGACGCAAUUUUAUGACUUAUCUUUGUGAUUACAUCACCUGUCUUGAUUGUACCACCUCUCAAUAUGAAAAUAUAUUUUCGAAAGAGACUGAAGAUGCUUUUGGAUACAAUCGGGAUUGGAAGGCGCGAUUUCUUAAUCAUCCUGAAAUGUGUAAGGUGCACAAGGCACUUGAAGAUUCUUAUGUUGCUGAGAAUUUCUCCUAUUCGGGAUUGCGAGGGGUUCAUGAACAUGGUUACGAGAGCGAUGAUCUUAUGAUGAAACGAUGUCUCAUACGGAUUAGGGACCUAUACGAGCAUCGUUUGCAAUUGAAACUAUUAUACUUGCAUAAUAUCCAGUUGAACAACAUUGAUCUUUACACGGAUGCAGAUCUUGUGGGUAUAAUCCACUUUUUAUUUCCACUCCACAUUGAUUCGUUCGCUAGAGCUAUAAGGGCAAUGAAUUGGCAAACUUGGAUGAUGCCAUUUGAAAUUCCAUAGAGAAUGUCUUUACAACGAUGCUAAACAAAGC